UUCACCAGGAAGCGCUACUUCGAUUCUUAUCUUCCCUCAACAACUUUUGUAAGUGAGCAGCCUCUCGCUUCCUUGUAAACAUGGCCAUACGUAUGCCACACAUCAUUCAAGCAAGAAAAAUUCUCAAACGGUCCCUCUCUAACGGUAGCACCACUCCUGCAUCUAUGGACAUCCCCAAAGGCUAUUUUGCCAUUUAUGUUGGAGAACAAGAGAAGAAGCGGUUUGUGGUGUCUGUAUCACUACUAAGCGAACCUACAUUUCAGCAGCUACUGCAUCAGGCAGAAGAAGAGUUUGGCUACAACCAUCCAAUGGGCGGGCUCACGAUUCCCUGUAGUGAAGAUGUAUUCACAGAUCUGGCUUCUCGUUUGGGAGCAUUUUGAGUUGUAUACAUCUGUCUAUAUCUACAACAGUUUUGUAAACAUCUAACCAGUAGGAACCAUUUAUAGUUGUAAAUUUAGAUCAUUGAUCCAGAUGAAUGAAAUUUAAUUUGGAUAUUCUUUUGAGUUCAUGGUAUUCUAUAUUUUUAUAUGAUGUUUAAACUAAAUAUAGGGGUCGUUCUGUAAUUAGUAGUUAGUUAGUUUUAUGUUAUAAUUAGAUUAGUUAGUAAGUGCGAGGACCGGAUGCGACAAGUUGAAAGUUUGUAACCUACACUUAAUCAAGGGACGCCUCUCCUGGAGACAUACCUGUUCGGAAUCAGCGCCAACAAGAGAGGAAGCAAGAGACACGAUGUUUCAAGGAGACACACCUCUUCAAGAUCAAUCUCAACCACAAGUUCAAGAGUCGCAACCGUUCGUGAAGAGACACGUCUCUAUCAUCGCAUCUAUUCGUAUAGUAUAUAUAGGGUUCAUUGGUAUCAGAGCAUCACGGUUAAUCGAUCCA